AUGUUGUCCAAUCGGCCCUCUGCCGAAGCCGCACAUAACAACAAUACUGCAAGCCCCAGUCCGCAUAGAGUAGGCUCGGCUGCCCCGAAGAGCGACGACGCAUCCAUCACGCGCAUAAGUCGGGCUUGCGAACGCUGUCGGCGCCGCAAAAUCCGUUGUAACGGCGCCCAGCCAUGUACAGGUUGUUCCCGUCAACCGACCGCAUGUGACUACCGCACCGGCCAUUCGCGCGUGAGGACUCGGCGUAAUCAGCAGCCGUCGGCGUCGGCACGGAAUGGACCCAGGGAUCCUUCUCCUGACCACCCUGCUCCUAUCAGUACAUCAGAGCAGCCAGCGCCGAAGCCGAAGGUCCCGGGUCGGUCGUGGUAUAAUCGGUGCUGCGUCGGCAUCAGAAUCAGUAACCACUUGACGUCUACGUUUCAGGUCUACGGUCCAUCCUCACAGAUCGCCUUUCUGCAGCGUGUCUAUGAGAGACUGGUGAUGUGCCAAUUCCCGGGAUCAGAAGAUUCCGAGCAGGAGAUACCUACAGCCAUCCGCAACUGGAGGCUCGAGCGCUUCCUCUUCUCUAUGCCUCGGGCGUCAUUAUCUGAGCCAAGCUCUGGGGCCGUCCUACCCCGGCACUUAGGCGACCUGUUUAUCCGCAGCUAUUUCAAACUCGUCCACCCUCAGCUACCUAUUCUCGACUAUCAAAAGGUCGUAUCUCAGUGGGUAGCAUCGUGGGAAGCCCACGAUGUUAUGGAUGAAAACUCAGCAUUACGACAUCAGGGGAAGGAGAUUAUGUUUAUGGCUAUAGCCGUCGGCGCCCGUGUCUGUCCUAUCAUUAAUCAGGAUGGCUUCAGGUUGGCUGAGGCCUGGGCUGAGCACUUCUCGCAAAGAGUAGAAAUACCAUUUUCCGCACUCGAAGAACCUUCAUUGCACGUAGUGCGUGUGUUUCUCCUCAAGGCCAUUUAUGCGCAGCAUGUCAUACGCACAAACGAUGCCUACAUGUACCUAGGGCAUGCUGCUCGUACUGCCACGGCACUAGGAAUGGACCGCUCGUUUGGCCUAGGGGAUCACGGAACAGACGCACUCGAGAUAAGCCUCACCUUCUGGUCCACGUACAUAAUGGAACGGAUGACAGCUUUGAUGAUUGGCCGCCCCUCCAACCUUAGAGAUGAGCAUAUUGAUGCCACGUAUCCUUUGGAUGAUUUUGUGCCGGCCGGCCCUCGACAUGUACUGCCAUGCGGCGUCAUUACUGACUGGUCCUACAUACGGGCCAUGGCAAUGCUGGGAGAGUUGGCCGACGAGAUAUUUACAAGCAUUUACGGUUCCAAGGCUGCUUCGCUCGAGGUGCAGAAUUUCCUCCCGACGAGUGGGAUACUGGUACCGGCGUUGGUCUUUGUUACUUUCUUCGCCUCAGUUACCGAAGCUCAAAGAAAUACGUCCCUGCCGCUCGGCCAGUGUAUUGAGCUCUGCGUCGGUUCGGCCAAGGCUGUUAUCCGCUUCACCCACCAUAGCUUGUCCUCACGAGUGCCGGACGCAAGGUCCGACGGAUCACCCGCAAUCUAUCUCGUCAGUGCGUGCCUCACGCUCCUGUUCCACGUCCUCCACCCGGCCACCACGGCCGAGGCUGCAAAGGAUACAUUCUUGGUCCUUGAUCAGGCGAUUCAGUGUCUCGGGGAUAUGAAGCAUCUGGGCCCGACUACGGGAAAGAGGCUAAGCCUUGACAUUAUGGGCAUGGCCCAGAACGUUAUAUCUUCGCGAGCUGGGCAGUCUCUGAUUGUCGAGGACCAGGGACUCACGGCUGAAUAUCCAUGGCAUGAGUAA